UCUUGUUUUACAACUUUCACUAAACAUAUAUUUUUCUUGUGCCAUUCUUCUAAAUUUCUUGUCAAUAUCAAGCUAGAUUCGAAGCUAGGUUUACGUCGAUAUAAUCAAGGUGUUUGUGGAAAUGGAGAAAAAACCUAGGAAACAAAAGAAGAGAAGUGUUGAACCGGCUGAUGUCUCUACGACGACAAAGAGGCCAAGGCGAGCAGCAGCAUGUACAAACUUCAAGGAGGAUCCGAUCGAUAUCUCUGAGGAAUUCGCAACUGUUAAAACCAAGAAACAGAUGCAUGUUGUGGAGCACGAGUUUGAAGCGUUCGAGAAGACUAAAUCUUCAAGAAUCAACGAUGGUGAUGGCCUGAUGAUGCCAAUUAAGCGGAGGCUAAGUAAUUUCAUUUUCCAUGAUAAUGGUAGAGUUCAUCAGCCCAUAGAGAUGUUGGAGAUUGGUGAAACCAUUUUAGUUGAAGGUUUUAUCUUACCUUUAGACGAAGAAGAAAGCAAAGAGAAGGGUGUGAGGUGUGAAUCUUUUGGCCCGGUACAGAGGUGGUACAUAUCUGGUUACGAAGAAGGUUCCCCGGUGAUAUGGAUCUCAACCGAUUUAGCGGAGUACUGUUUGUGUAAACCAGCUACCAGAUACAAGAAGAUGUUUGAUUAUUUCUUUGAGAAAGCCUUUGCUUGUGUGGCUGUGUAUAACAGCUUGUCCAAGAAUCCAGAUACAAGCCUUGAUGGGCUACUUGCCGCGGUUGUUAGGUCAACGAUUAGUAGAAGCAAGUUCUUUUCAAGUGGUGUAGCCGUCCACGACUUUGUUAGAUUCCAAGGAGAAUUCAUAUAUAACCAACUCGUUGGUUUGGAAGCAAGCUUUGUUAACAAUCCUGUUCUUGUUUCUUUAAGAUCUGAGAGUAGUAAAGUUCCUUGUACUAUGGCUUUGAGGAUAGAUGAGAGCCAUGGUAUGACAUCUGAAGAAGUUAAGGGAACUAAGCAUGCUAUACUAGUACAAGAUGAAGAGUAUAGGAAGUUUAUACAGCCGCGGAGAAGUAAGGCCAGCUCAAAUGGAGUUUACAUUAAAGUCAAUGAAGUCGAGAUUGCCAAUGAUUAUCCUCCUCCAAAGUAUUACGAGAGCACCAACGAAGAAGUGGAUGAGACUCUUCUUUACAAACAUGGCUAUGAGGUUGAGGGAAGAGACAUGCAAUGCAAAACGCUUCAGAAUUGGUGUCUUUAUAACUCCGAGUCACGGUUUAUAUCACUCGAGCUACUUCCCAUGCAGCCUUGUGCUGAUAUUGAUGUGGCAAUGUUUGGGUCAGGUGUGAUAAAUGGAGAUAACGAAAUAGGGUUUUGUUUAGAUGAUGCGGAGAGCUCUACACGGUCACAUGAUGAUCAUGUCGGAUCAAGCAUAUUCCUUAGUCAGAUAAAGGAAUGGGAGAUUGAGUUUGGUGCUGACAUUACCUUCAUUUUCUUACGAACAGAUAUGGCUUGGUAUCAACUAGGGAAACCAUCAGAGGAAUAUGCUCCUUGGUUUGAGCCUGUUAUGAAGACAGCAAGGGUUGGGCAAAGAAUCUUUGCUUUGCUCAAGAAUGAAACUAGGGUUGCUAAGCUUUCAUAUGGAGAUGUGAUAAAAAGACUGUGUGGGUUAGAGGAGAAUGAUAGAGCUUAUAUUUCUUCUAAUCUUUUGGAGGUUGAGAGAUAUGUGAUUGUCCAUGGACAAAUUAUCUUGGAGCUUCUUACAAAAUAUCCUGACAAGGAUAUCAAAAGGUGUCCAUUUGUUCUUGAUCUUACAAGUAAAAUGCAGAAUAGGUACCACACAAAAUGGAUAAUUGAGGAGAAGAUAAUUCUGCAAAACAUAAAGAAUCGGAAUCCGAGGUCGAAAUUGAAGGUACCUAAGAUGCAAGUCAUACCCGCAACAACAACUCGGCUUAUCGAUAGAAUUUGGGGUGACAAAAAAUCUCCAAAGGUUGAAGACGCCGAUGAGGAUCAUCAAGUCAAAGAGGUUGAAGAAAUAGUGGAAGAGGUUGAAGAUGAGGAUGAGGAUGAGGAUGAGAAUGAAGAAGAGGACAAUGUAGUAGAAGCUGUUGAGGUUGAAAAGUCUCAUACUCCUAUGAAAAUCCGAGGUAGUUGUGGGAAAAUGGAAAUAAGAUGGGAAGGUGGGAUUCUUGGAGAAACUUGUAAUGGUGAGCCUCUUUAUGGACAAGCUCUUGUUGGAGGUGAAAAGGUUGCUGUUGGUGGUGCUGUCAUCUUAGAUGUUUAUCAAGAAGAAACUUCGGUGAUAUACUUAGUAGAGUACAUGUUCGAGAGUUUAGAUCAGUGCAAAUUGCUACAUGGGAAACUCUUACAAAGAGGAUCCAAGACUGUUCUAGAGGCAGCUGCUAACGAAAGGGAACUUUUCUUGACUAGCGAAUGCCUCACCAUUCCGCUCGAGGAAAUUAAAGGAGCCAUCAAUUUGGAGAUUCGGUCAAGGCCAUGGGGUCAUCAAUAUAGGAAAGAGAACAUGGCUGCGGAUGAGCUUGACCGGGCAAGAGCAGAAGAAAGAAAAGCUAAAGAUUUGCCAACUGAGUACUACUGCAAAAGCUUGUACUCACCUGAGAGAGGAGGAUUCUUUAGUCUUCCAAGAAAAGACAUGGGUCUCGGUUCAGGGUUCUGCAGUUCAUGCAAGAUCAGGGAGGACGAAGAGGAAAAGUCCAAAACUAAACUCAAUGCUACAAACUCAGGUUUCCUCUCCAAUGGGAUCGAGUACUCUGCCGGAGAUUUUCUUUAUGUUAUCCCCAAAUACAUAACGAAAGAUGGACUCAAGAAGGUUACAAGAACAGAAAAGUUCAAGUAUGGGAAGAACAUAGGGCUAAAAGCUUUUGUCGUGUGUCAACUACUUGAUGUUAUUGUCCUAAAGGAACCAAGACAAGGUUAUAAUACUUGUUUUGAAGUAAACUUGAGAAGGUUUUAUAGACCCGAGGAUAUAUCUGAAGAGAAGGCUUAUAGAUCAGACAUCCAAGAGAUCUAUUAUAGCGAGGACACAUUUGUUCUCCCUCCAGAGGCUAUAAAUGGCAAAUGUGAAGUAAGGAGGAAAAACUAUAUGCCUUUAUGUAGUGAGUAUCCAAUAUCAAACCAUAUAUUCUUCUGUGAGCUCUUCUAUGACUCCUCUAAUCAUUCUCUCAAGCAGUUGCCUUCGAGUAUAGAGCUGAAGUUCUCUAAGAUUAAAGAUGAGAAACUUCUAAGAGAAAAGAAAGGGAAGGGAAUAGAAGGUACUGAAACUGACUCUAGCAUGGUUGUGAAGGCUGAUGAGAUACCCAAAGAGAUGCGUCUAGCUACACUUGAUAUUUUUGCUGGAUGUGGUGGCCUGUCUUAUGGACUCGAAAAGGCGGGUGUAUCCAAAACAAAGUGGGCAAUAGAGUAUGAAGAGCCAGCUGCACAAGCUUUCAGAAAAAACCAUCCCGAGGCAACGGUUUUUGUCGAUAACUGCAACGCGAUUCUCAGGUCUAUAAUGGAGAAAUGUGGAGACCUAGAUGAUUGUGUUUCUCAUGAGGAGGCAGCUAAACUUCAACUAGAUGAAAACCAUAAGAGUGCUCUUCCAUUGCCUGGUCAAGUAGAUUUCAUCACCGGAGGCCCUCCAUGCCAGGGGUUUUCUCGUAUGAACAGGUUCGCCGAUGGCACUUGGAGUAAAGUCCAAUGUGAAAUGAUAUCAGCAUACUUGUCAUUUGCUGAUUACUUCAGGCCAAAGUAUUUUCUGCUAGAAAAUGUGAAGACCUUAAUAUCAUACCACAAUGGACGUACAUUUAAGCUCAUUCUCGCGUCUCUUCUUGAAAUGGGCUAUCAAGUAAGAUUUGGACUGUUGGAGGCAGGUGCAUUUGGGAUAUCUCAACAGCGUAAACGAGCUUUCAUAUGGGCAGCUGCACCUAAUGAAGUUCUCCCGGAAUGGCCAGAGCCAAUGCAUGUGUUUGAUAAUCCGGGGUUUAAAAUCAAACUGUCGUCUCAAGACUUAGUUUAUAAUGCUGUUGAAACUACUAAAUUCGGUGCACCUUACCGCUCAAUGACGGUGAGAGACGCGAUUGGCGAUCUUCCAGCUGUAGGAAACGGAGAAUCCGAGAUACAUAGAAAGUAUAAAGAUCGUCCAGUCUCGUGGUUUCAGAAGAAGAUGAGAGAGAACAUGAGCGUUCUCACAGAUCAUAUCUGUAAAACGCUGAACGAACUAAAUCUUAUUCGCUGCAAGAAAAUCCCUAAGAGGCCAGGUGCUCAUUGGCGUGACCUGCCCGACGAAAACGUGGUGUUAUCAAACGGGAUGGUGGAAAAAUUGAUUCCUUUUGCUGCAUCAAACAAAGGUCAUGAUCCCAAGAAAUAUAAGGGACUCUAUGGAAGAUUGGCUUGGCAAGGAAACUUACCCACUUCGACCACUGAUCCUCAGCCCAUGGGUUUUGUGGGAAUGUGCUUCCACCCUGACCAGGAUAGAAUUAUCACUGUCCGUGAAUGCGCCCGGUCUCAGGGGUUUCCGGAUAAGUAUGAGUUUUCCGGGAAGAUCAAGGACAAGCAUAGGCAGAUUGGGAAUGCUGUCCCUCCACCAUUGGCGUUUGCUCUUGGUCGGAAGCUUAAAGAGGUCUUACAUCUCAAGUGCUCUCUUCAAGACCAAUCUUAAAAUGCACACCUAAUUUGCAUGAUUGUCAAUUUGUCAUUUCCAUUUUUUAAAACUAUUAUCCUCUUCUUGAAACUCAUUUGAAUGAUACUUGUUGUUAAAGACUAAGGAGAUGUUUGUUUUUUUCCAUUUUGGGUGGAAAUUCUUAUUUUAUCUUUUUAUUCGUCUUGAUGUUUUUCUA